AUGGCGCAGGGGAGUGCGACAGUAUCGUUCGAGCGGAUCGUCGGCGGCAUCGGCAUCGGUGUGGCCAACGCGCCAGUCACGACGAUGAUCCACCUCCCGCCUGAACGCGUGGAGAUGCCGCCGAGCCCUUCUUCGACCGUACCCUUCGUCCACGACCCGGACUAUAUCGACCGGCCCGCGAUUCGCGACGAGAUUUCGAACAAGCUAUCGGGGCCGGGAGCGAGGGUAGCGCUCGUAGGGCUGGGAGGGGCAGGCAAGACCCAGCUCGCCGUCGAGUACGUGCGAGGCGUGCGUGUACAGUCGCCGCAGACAUGGGUGCUGUGGCUGUAUGCGGGCACGGCGGCGCGCUUCGAGCAGAGCGUACGGGACAUCGCCGACGAGACGAAGAUCUAUGGCAGGCGCGAUCCGAAGGCGAACGUCUUCGAGCUAUUUCGUAACUGGCUCCGCGAUGCGAAGAAAGGCAGAUGGGUGAUGGUGCUGGACAAUGUAGAUGAUGCCAGCUUUCUACUCACACCGCCGGGCUCCGCCGAGGACGGGCAGUCGAGACGACUGAUCGAUUACAUACCAGCAUGCGAACACGGGUCUGUCCUGAUCACGACGCGUGGCAAGAGCGCGGCACGCCGACUGGUGCCUGGCAGCCAGAUGAUUGAGGUGUCGCCGAUGGAGAACAGGUAUGCGCGGGCACUGCUCGAGAAGAAGCUAGGUGUGGAGGAAGGUGGAAGCUAUGAGCAGCUAGCAGCGGCGCUCGAUUUCCUGCCGCUCGCGAUGGCGCAGGCGGCGGCGUACAUUCACGAGAGGAGGCCACGGUGCUCGGUAGAGCAAUAUCUCCAGGAGCYCGAACAGAGCAGCAGAUCGAGGGCGAGUCUCCUACGGCGCGACGAGCGAUUUCCGGACCGAGAGUACGACAAAGCGAGCAGCUCGAUCCUGGUGACGUGGCAGAUCUCGUUCGAGCAUAUUGCAGAGACGAGACGGUCAGCGGCCGACCUUUUGUCGGUAAUGAGCUUCUGCGAUCGGCAAGCCAUCCCGGAGAUCCUGGUACGAGGCAACGAUGACGUUGAGGGAGUCGACAGUGGCUUUGAAGACGACGUCACGAUGCUGCGCAACUUCUCGUUCAUCUCGGCUACGACGGAUCGGUCGAGCUGGGAGAUGCAUCGGCUGGUGCAGGAUGCGAUGCAAAUGUGGCUAGAAGAUCGCAGCAGAUACGAGCAGUUUCAAGAUUCCUUCCUCUACCGCCUUAAUCAGUCCCUUCCGACUGGCGGCUACGAGAACUGGGCGAGGUGUCAGGUCCUUUUCCCGCAUGCAGAAGCCGCAACAAGGUGCGAACCGUCAAGCACGGAGGGUGUGUCGGACUGGGCGGCGGUCAUGUACAACGCGGCAUGGUAUGCCCAGCUGAAGGGCCAGUGGGCGCAAGCAGAGAAGAUGGCGGUAGCUUCUUUGCAAGUAAGAGCGACUACAUUCGGCGAGGAGGACGAGCGAACAAUAGACAGCACAGCGAUGCUGGGAGGUAUAGUGCGGGAUCUAGGGCGAUGGAAGGAGGCAGAGGAGUUACAGAUGAAGGUGAUGGAGAUGAGGCAGGCGGCGCUGGGGCCCGAUCAUGCCGACACGCUGACCAGCAUGGUCAAUCUCGCCGCGACGUACCGCAAUCAAGGGCGGUGGAAGGAGGCCGAGGAGCUGCAGUUACGAGCCGUUAAAGGCAUGACAAGGAUAUUAGGAGAAGACCACCCCGAGACAGUCUCUGGGAGCUUAGGGUCUACCCAUCCGAGAGAAGCAUAUCGGUAUUGA